AUGCACGUCCACCUCCUCCUCCCAGCUAUGCAGCUAGCCCUCGCCCUCCUCCCCCUCCACACCCUCGCCAGUCCAGCGCCCAGCGCCGAAAACCACCAGACCGACACCGACUCCCCAAGCCCAAACCCACCCCUCGCCCAGCGCGCCGUGACAACCUGCAAAGUCAUCAACGCAAACUCGGAGGUCAACUGCCGCGCGGGGCCGGGCUUCGACUACGCCAUGCGCACUUUCGUGUAUCCUGGCGGGACUUGGACCUGUCCAUGGGGGGUUGCGGCACAGCAGGCAGAUGCUUUAGCUCGCAGAGGAACAUAA